AUGGGUCUCUUCUUGCAGGCUCGCCCCCGCCAUUUAAACGUGCUGUGUGACGUGUCUGGGAAAGGGCCCCUCACUGCCUGUGGCUUCGACCUCCGCAGCCUGCAGCCUGAUCAGCAGCUGGAGAACCUCCUGCAACAAGUGAGUGCCGAGGACUUCGAGAAGCAGAAUGAAGAGGCCCGGAGGACCAAUCGGCAGGCGGAGCUCUUUGCCCUGUACCCAUCGGUGGACGAGGAGGAUGCCGUGGAAAUACGUCCGGUACCAGAAUGUCCUAAGGAACAUCUGGGCAACAGAAUACUGGUCAAGGUGCUGACCCUGAAGUUUGAGAUUGAAAUUGAGCCUCUGUUUGCCAGCAUUGCCCUCUACGAUGUUAAAGAAAGGAAAAAGAUCUCAGAAAAUUUUCACUGUGACCUGAACUCUGACCAGUUCAAAGGCUUUCUGCGUGCUCACACGCCCUCCGUGGCUCCAUCAAGUCAGGCAAGAUCCGCAGUCUUCUCGGUCACCUACCCAUCCUCGGACAUCUACCUAGUAGUCAAGAUUGAAAAAGUCCUUCAGCAGGGAGAGAUUGGAGACUGUGCAGACCCAUACAUGGUUAUCAAAGAAGGUGAUGGUGGAAAGAGUAAAGAAAAGAUUGAAAAACUAAAACUUCAAGCUGAAUCCUUCUGCCAGCGUUUGGGAAAAUACCGGAUGCCUUUUGCCUGGGCCCCCAUAAGCUUAACAAGUUUCUUCAAUGUCUCCACCCUGGACAGGGAGGUAACCGAUGUGGAGUCCAUGGUUGGGAGAAGCUCUCUGGGUGAGCGGAGAACUCUGUCCCAAUCUAGAAGGCUUUCUGAAAGAGCCCUCUCCUUGGAGGAAAAUGGGGUCGGAUCCAACUACAAGACCACCACCAUGACUGUUAACAGCUUUUUCAAGCAGGAGGGGGAUCGCCUCAGUGAUGAAGACUUAUUCAAGUUUUUGGCUGACUACAAAAGAUCUUCAUCCUUACAGAGAAGAGUCAAGUCGAUUCCAGGCUUGCUGAGAAUAGAAAUUUCUCUAGGUCCAGAGAUCAUCAGUUGCUCUCUGACUCCAGAAAUGCUGCCAGUGAAACCUUUUCCUGAAAACCGGACACGUCCACACAAAGAGAUUUUGGAAUUUCCAAUCCGGGAAGUCUAUGUCCCUCAUACUGUGUAUAGAAAUCUUCUCUACGUCUACCCACAGAGGCUGAACUUUGCUAACAAACUGGCAUCGGCCCGGAAUAUUACAAUAAAGAUUCAGUUUAUGUGUGGAGAGGAUGCUAGCAACGCUAUGCCGGUCAUCUUUGGAAAAUCCAGUGGCCCUGAAUUUCUGCAGGAAGUAUACACAGCUAUUACAUACCAUAAUAAGUCUCCUGACUUCUAUGAAGAAGUGAAAAUCAAGCUCCCCGCUAAGCUAACAGUAAAUCAUCACCUCCUGUUCACCUUCUAUCAUAUCAGCUGUCAGCAGAAGCAGGGAGCCUCCGUGGAAAGUCUUCUGGGAUAUUCGUGGCUGCCAAUUCUCCUAAAUGAACGUCUUCAAACUGGAUCCUACUGUCUCCCAGUUGCCUUGGAAAAGCUGCCACCCAAUUACUCCAUGCAUUCUGCGGAGAAAGUCCCUUUACAGAAUCCUCCCAUUAAGUGGGCUGAAGGACAUAAGGGAGUAUUUAACAUUGAAGUGCAAGCUGUUUCUUCUGUUCACACCCAGGACAACCACCUGGAGAAGUUCUUCACCCUCUGCCACUCCCUGGAGAGCCAGGUGACCUUCCCCAUCCGCGUGCUGGACCAGAAGAUCAGCGAGACCUCAUUGGAGCAUGAGCUAAAGCUCAGCCUCAUCUGCCUGAACUCCUCCCGCUUGGAGCCCCUGGUGCUCUUCCUGCAUCUGGUGCUGGACAAGCUCUUCCAGCUGUCCGUGCAGCCCAUGGUCAUCGCCGGCCAGACAGCCAACUUCUCCCAGUUUGCGUUUGAGUCCGUGGUGGCCAUAGCCAACAGUCUGCACAACAGCAAGGACCUGGCCAAGGACCAGCACGGGAGGAACUGCCUGUUGGCCUCCUACGUGCAUUACGUCUUCCGCCUGCCAGAGCCGCCGAGGGACCCACCCAAGUCAGGUGGUGCCGCUACUGCCCUCCCUGACCCGCGCUACCACACAUACGGACGCACGUCUGCUGCUGCCGUGAGUUCGAAGCUGCUGCAGGCCCGGGUGAUGAGCAGCAGUAAUCCAGACCUCGCGGGGACUCACUCUGCGGCAGACGAGGAAGUGAAGAGCAUCAUGUCUUCAAAGAGUGCGGAUCGCACCUGCAGUCGGAUGUCCUACUAUUGCUCAGGCAAUAAUGAUGUUCCCAGUUCGACCGCAGCCCCAAGGCCAGCCAGCAAAAAGCAUUUCCAUGAGGAGCUCGCCCUGCAGAUGGUGGUCAGCACCGGGAUGGUGAGAGAAACCGUCUUCAAGUACGCCUGGUUCUUCUUUGAGCUUCUGGUGAAAAGCAUGGCACAGUAUGUACAUAAUAUGGACAAACGGGACAAUUUUCGGAGGACUCGUUUUUCCGACCGUUUCAAGGAUGACAUAACUACUAUUGUUAAUGUGGUCACCUCGGAGACUGCAGCCCUUUUAGUGAAACCUCAGAAGGAAAAUGAACAGGCAGAAAAGAUGAACAUCAGCCUGGCUUUCUUCUUGUAUGACCUUCUCUCACUCAUGGAUCGUGGCUUCGUAUUUAACCUCAUCAAACAUUAUUGUAACCAGCUUCCAGAGAGCCUCAGACUUGGAAACUGGAGACCUGUGUUCUAA